CCCGGGCAGGCAGAGGAGGAGGAGGAGGAGGAGGCCCCCGGUCCUGUUCCUGUUCUGCGUUACACCGCGUGCACUCUGUGACUGCGGCCCGUCGUGCCCCCUAUUCUAAUCGCUUGAAUCGAUUUGCCAGCAGCAUAGCGACCUCCUCUCGUUACACGGACAACAGAAGGUGGCGUGAUGCCGGAUGGCGGAGGGCGAGGAGUUCGCCGAGCUCGCGGAGUCCAACCACCACCAUCACCACCACCACCACCUGCAUCAGUAUGGUAGCUCGCUCGGGCACGGCGGCGGCCACGGCGGCCAUGGCGGCCUGGGAGGCCCGCACCGGCCGUACCCCGCCCUGGGGCCGGCGGCCACCAGCCACGAGGCCGAGGACGCCAUCCGGCCCUCUCGGUACGGCGACGGGGGCCGGGGGCCGGGGGCCGGGGCGGGCGGCGGCGGCGGCGCCUUCUACUCGCCGCCGGGGACGUCCUACACCAUAGUGGAGCGGCCGUCGAGCGCGCCCAGGGGCACGUACCUGGGCGCGCCCAGCCCGCCGCAGUCGCGGAACCACCAGGGCGGCCACCAGGGCGGCCUCCAGGGCAUCCACCAGGUCGCCCACCAUGCCGCAGCCGCGGCGCACAACAAGAAGCGGCCCAUCUCGCCGGAGCAGGUGCUCAAGCUGCUGGGCGCCGGGGUGGGCCCCAAGGUGCGCGACGGCUCGGCGCCGCCCGCGAGCGACCCGCCGCGCAGGAGGCCGCCGCCGACCAGCCCGCCGCUGCACGAGCUGCCCGUCAGGACCGUGACCAUGACCAGGACCAACGAGGCCGUCCAGCCGGGCGUGGUGCAGGGCCCCGGCCACGGCUUCGGCAUCUGCGUCAAGGGAGGCGCCAAGGACACGGCCAUCGACUGGGACCGGAGCCGAGGGGACCCCACCAUGCCGUUCCGCUUCCCAUCACCAGGCGGCUCCAACUCGGGUGUUUACAUCUCCCGCGUCGAGGAUGGCAGCGUGGCCCAGCGGGCGGGGUUGCGCCCGGGCGACGUGAUCCUGGAGGUGAACGGCACGCCCUUCAGCGGACUGACGCACGAGGACGCGCUCAAGAUGCUCAAGUCGUGCAAGCGGAUGACCAUGACGGUGCGCGCCGGCCCCGCCCCCUACCAGCCGCCGACGGCCAACGCCGCGCAGAGCAUGUCGUCGGCGGCGUCCUGGUCGCCGCGGCAGGCCUACACCUGGAUGGACCGGACGGGGCGGCCCGUGUCGCCGCCGCCGUCCCCGCACACCUCGGGGCGCUGGGCGCACACCCGCAAGGUGGAGCUGAGCAUCGAGCCGGGGCAGAGUCUCGGCCUCAUGAUCCGCGGCGGCGUCGAGUACAACCUGGGCGUGUUCAUCACCGGCGUCGACAAGGACUCGGUGGCGGACCGCGCCGGCCUCGCGAUCGGCGACCAGAUCCUGGAGGUGAACGGCCAGUCCUUCCUGGACGUGACGCACGACGAGGCGGUGGCGCAGCUCAAGCUGCACAAGAGGAUGACCCUGACCGUGAGGGACGUCGGCAAGGUGCCGCACUCGUGCAGCGACCCCCCGCCCCGACCCUGGGACAGUCCUGGGAGGGGGUUCCUCGGUGGCUCGGGCCGCUCACCUGCGCUGCAGAUGGUGGAGGAGAAGGCCCGCGUCGUGCUGACCAAGACUGAGUUCGCCACGCUGGCCUACUACCAGGAGGAGUACGCGGCGGGCCAGAUGACCAUCGAGGCGUUCGUCGCCGUGCUGCUCGAGCUGCUCAACACCCCCGAGAAGUACACCUUGCUGACGGAGCUGCGGGAGGUGGUGGUGCCCGAGGACCGCGCGCGCUUCGACGAGCUGGUCUACCGCCGCGAGGUCGAGGGCCGCCGCUGCGUCACCAGGCCGGACAGUCUUGGAGGCGCCGCUGCCGUGGCUGCUGGCGCUGCUUGCUGCGACGUGGACCUGCUCGAGUUCAAGACCCCCCUGAGCGAGGACUCGGGCCUCGGGCUGGGCGCCGACUACCCCAGGUCCAAGCGAGGCUGGCCCUCCAUGCCCGGCCCCCACCACACUUCGGACUUCUCCGAGGAGGACAUGCUACAGGAGUACGGUAGUCUGGAGCGGGAGAAGCUGCGCGGAAGGCGACAUUCGAGCCCGGAGAACUCGCUGUCCGGCUCCAUCACCGGACUCCAGAAGGACGGCUUCGACGACUCCCGCAUGCCCGGCUACUUCGAUGGUCUGCGUUCUCACUUGGGAGGCUGGACUCAAAAAGUCAAGUCAUGGUACUGGGGGAGCCCACUAGAGGCACGGCCGACUUCGGCUCCACCGCAGCUGCCGCACAAGAUGGGCCGCAGCUUCGAGCUGAAGGACGACCAGGAGCUCCUCGAGAGCGACGCACCGGGGAUGCGCCGCCACCACUCCAUGCAGCGCCUGGGCCUGCACGACAGGGAGGCGGAGGCGGCCAUGGUGGUGGCCGACCAGCUGGGCAACCUCCGGAUCACAGUGAGGAAGACCAAGCCGCUGCUGGGCAUCGCGAUCGAGGGCGGCGCCAACACCAAGCACCCGCUGCCCAGGAUCAUCAACAUCCACGAGCAUGGCGCCGCCUACGAGGCCGGCGGGCUCGAGGUUGGCCAGCUCAUCCUGGAGGUGGACGGGCACCGCGUCGAGGCCAUGCACCACCAGGACAUCGCGCGGAUGAUCGCCGAGUCGUUCGCGCGGCGCGACCGUUCCGAGAUCGAGUUCCUGGUCAUCGAGGCCAAGAAGUCCAACCUGGAGCCCAAGCCCACGGCCCUCAUCUUCCUCGAGGGAUAACACGACGCUGCGAGGUCUGGGACCCCGGCCUCGCUGGCGCAUGCACCUCUGUGCACGCCCCAUGCGGUGCCGGCCCUCGUCGCCCAGCCUCGCAGCACCACGACCCACUCCACGGAGCAGGCCGACGCCUACGCCGAGCAAGGCGCCGCCGAGCAACGCGCCUACGCCGAGCAGCAGCAGGGCAUCCACGCCCCCGAGCGCGUC